UACAAAUAUUUCGUACUAUUACAACAGUGUGAGUUAAAACAUCGCAUAAACCUACCGCUUCCCAGGAUCGGACCUCUAGGGUUUUAAACCGCCUCUCCUCGUCGCCAUGUAUGGGAACUCCAGCAAGGGAUCCUUGUGACGCGGUCGCGGCCCUUGCCCCCCUGCCUGUGGUUUCCACCAUCUCGAUAGCCCAGAUCCUCCGUGCAUCCGGCUACUCUUCUGCGGAGUCAGCUGCCCUCCGUGCUCUCUCUGACAUUGCCGGCCGCUACAUCACUUCCUUGGGCCGCACUGCCUCAGCCAUUGCUGAGGCCCAAGGCUGGACAGAAUCCAACCUGCUUGAUCUCACUCUCGCACUCGAGGAACACAAACUUGCUGGAUUCUCUGGUGCAUCCGACCCUACUCGCCCAGUGCUAUGCUCCGGUGUGCUCUCGGAGCUUGCAGGGUUCGUCCGCAUGGUGAGACUGGUGCCAUUUGCGAAGUUGCUGCCGAGGAUGGGAGAACAGGUUUUACAUACCAAAAGGUGGGAGAGCUUCGCAUCAGCAGGGAAAGAGCCACCGUUGGGACAUGUGCCCAGGUGGCUGCCAUGCUUCCCUGAGCAGGAGGCUGAUAGUGAAGGGAUUAAGGGGAAGUGGGAACUGCGUAGGCUAGUCGAAGUUCAGGGUGAGCAGAUGGUUAAGGUGACUGACGAUGGAAAGGAGGGCAGGGGAGUGGUGCCGGGGAAGAGGGGGAAGGUGAAGUUUCUCAUUGGUGAUAAGAAGCAGCGGUGGGUGGGAUUUGACAAGCACGGUGGUGGAUUUGAACGAUUUGUGGGGAAGUGAGAAAAAUUAUGGUAAAAUUGUUUUGAAGCUAGUGACCAAAACUCACGUUAUUGCGGACAUAGCAUGAUGUCAUAGUUUGCCCAUUUAAUUUGUAUCUGUCAUGGUUUUUCAUGUAUUUUGAUGAUGCGGCAAGCUUACUAGUUAUCCUGUUCAGUAUGUUGUUAUUUGCUACUUGCUCUCAUGUUAUUAUUAUUUUAUUUAUUUUAA